CGCCAAGCCUAUUUCCUAUUCUGUGGAACAUCAUCAAACCCCUGCUGACUCAGAGGACCAUGGGCAAAGUGCACAUAUUUGGACGAAGUGGCUGGAAGGAGCUGCUGGCGAGUCGCAUGAAUGUUGAGCGGCUUCCUGUACGUUGGGGUGGCAAGCUGAGGGGGCCGGACGGUGAUGAAUGCUGCACAGACUUGAUCUGCCCAGGUGGUGUCAUCCCCGACAAGUACCGGCGAAAGGGGUCCGAAGCCGUGGGUGCCGAGUCGCGCACCGUCGGAGCUGGCAGCAGCUGGACUCUGCCGGUAUCCGUGGCGCGAGCAGGCUCAGAGCUGCGAUGGGAUUUCUGCACGUCGUCCGGAGACCUGAAGUUCACCGUGCGAUUCAGGCCGAACAAUGGAGCCAGGGACGCGGACGAGUCACGUGACCUGGUGCCUCCCACGAUAAUCCCGUGCUCUCGCCAUGAGCCGCAUAGCGGUAGCCUCCAUUGCCAGGAGCCUGGAACGUAUGAGCUCGUGUUCGACAACUCGCACAGCUGGCUGACGCGCAAGGAAGUGAGCUACAGCGUGAAGCUGCUGUCUCCACCGACGGGAACUGACGGACGAUGAUGCAGAAUAGACCAGUGAAGCGGCAGCGCGUCGCGGUUAUUGCCGAAUUCCAUUGGGAGACACAGGAGCACUCAAAAGCACGCUGAAAGUGCUCUAUUCAGAGCCGGCGUGUUUCAGCGGUCGAAGAGGAGUAGAAGCAAUGCCAUCCAGGGGUCAGAGGGAGAGCGCUUUUGCUGCACCGAGAGCAUCCAGGAGCAGUUUGUAGUGCUAUCCUUUAAAAGCGGAGUAGGCGCAGUCCACGAGUCACGUGGCUCGAUUUUUCAUCAGCCAAUGAGCUCGGAGGCAAUGGUAGCAACCUUCUGUAGCAUGACCAUGGUCCCUAUAAUAUACUAGGGACUCUAGUUUGACACCGCUGUUCUCGCUUGCUGGAUUCCGUGCCCACCGGUUGUGCCCUCGCGAUCUCCGGUGUCAGCGUAGCUCUGGCCGACUGGGCUCGCCCUACGUCACCUCCUGCCACCGACGACCUUCGACGACAGUGUAGCUCUGACCGACUGUACUUGCUCUACGCCAUCUACUGAUGCCGACAAGAGCUCUCGCAAGUGGUGCCCCGUGCUCGGACUCUUGUGACCAUGUUUCCAUCUUUCCUAUCUCUCCCAUCCCCUCAGUUUGUUGACGCUCCUUCUGGCUUACCACCUCUCGCCCUGUUCGCCUUAUUAGUGUGCCAGUAUUCUAAGGACCCUAGUAUUCGUGCAGUUUCUGUGGGUGGCGAAGGCGACGGAUAGGGAGAGCACUCAGCUACGUUCUCUGGAUGCGUCGUUGCAUAAAUGAACUAUAUUUAAGUGCAAAGUGGGAUAAUGGUGAAACUGUGACUGACAGAUCUUGACCGUAUUUCGCGGCCGUACUGCAGAGAACGUCUGUGUUUCGAAUGAUUUGGUCGCAUGGUAUAUUUCCUCCCACUCGUCACCGUCUCACCUGCUCUCCGGAAGCGUGCCGCAUUCCUGUGACUGGUAGAGUGGCCGUGCUCUCAGUGUUCUGCCCCCAACUUUUGCCGUCCCUACCCCUCUACUGUUUUCUCAAAAGAAUUCGCCCUAUGAGCGACGAGGUCGCUAAGGUCGAUGUAGGUACUGUAUAUUGUUCCGUAGGGAGCGUACGCAGUAACUGCCAGUUUACAUAUGGGAAGGUGUGCGCAGGGCCCUCCAUUGUAGAAGGGGGGCAACGUUCUGCCGCAGCCUUCCCUUCCCCCCCCCCCCCUCGAGUGGUAUAUAGCCAGGAAUAGAACUCUGGGCCCGUGCCCCUCCCCCCACACUUCGGGUAAUUUUUUCAUUUUUUUUUGCCAUUGCACACAGAGCAUAAAAUGGCACUGGAUCAUAUCUGCCCUUGCUUAGUCCCUCCCCUUCAGAUAAAUGUGGUCCCCCUGCCACCGAAAACCUGUCUCCCUACGCCUGUCCCCCUCCCCCCUUUUUUUGGUUACUAUCAACAACAAAAAAGAACAAGCUUCACAGUUUAUGCGUACUUCUCGUAACGACCUACCCUUGGUCCUCGGCUUUCCUGGCGUAAUUAAAUGAUUCUUGUAAUGAAA